AUGUCCAGCUCAGGAUCUAUAUUCAAGCCCAGGAAGUCGGCACUCUCAUCGAGGUCACCUACACCUGCUGCUUCGUCAAUUUCCUUCAGUCAUCAGAAUGAGCCAAAGACCACAAGUCACUUCAAGGACACUGCGUUGGAAUUGACCAAGAACGAGAACUACUGCAUAUCCAAGCUUCCAGCAUUGCCAGCCGUGUUUGAAAGAUCGCAAGGUUCUCAGCUUAUUAAUGCAUAUUCCGAUCACGAAUCCAACUACUCGUUAGUGAUUGACGAAGACGCAAUCCAUGUGUGGAGUUACAAGUCAGCAGAUCACACCCCAUUAUCCAUACAGUUCCCAAUCGAAAGGUCGAGCGUUAUACCUUUAGCAAUUUUGACAAAGCCAUCUAGUGGAGUCUCGCAGGACCCCGGAUUGGUCAUCAUCGACUCCUCGUCGGGUCUUGUUAAGUUCUACGAAAGUGUGCAGCACGCACCAGCCUUGGGGUUGAUCAAUAACAAGUCUUUGGAGUUGAAGCUUGAUAUCAACAGCCAAAAGGGUGAAUACAUCACUUUAGCCGAGAAUGUCGAGCCUGCUGGUAUUGUCGUGGCUACCUCCUGGAAAAGAUGCAUUCUCGUGUCCCUCCGCGACUUCAAAAGCAAGCCUCAAUUGUCUUCGGUUGAAUUAUUGUCUAACACCAAGUCGAAGUACUUGUCUUUCAUUUUUGGAUCGGAAACAACCAACGAGAUCUUCGAUGAGAUUGUCAGCAUAAGAUCGGGAAGAAUCAUAAACCAUGGAAUGACCCAGGAAAUUUUCAUAUUGGAUUCAUCUGGUGGGUUUCAUAUCGUUACCUAUCAGUUAUUGUCUGCAAGCGGCUCACCAUAUGUUGACAAAAAGAAGUCAUAUAGUCAUAACUUGACAACCUAUUUCAAAAAUAGCAUCGACGGAUACCUUCCAGGAACAAACUUGGAUCUCAGCUUUUUAGAUUUGUGGCCAUCAGCAGAACACGAGAACAUCUACGUGGGUCUCUGCUAUGUCAAAGAAUCCUACAAAAGCCCUAAUUCUCAAAACUUGUUACUUUUGACUAUGAGAAUUGACCCAACUGGAGUUUUGCCUUAUGGGUCUCACAAACUUUCUAGAUACAACCCCGAAGAAGCAAGUAUCAAUAAGCCUAGACUUUUCUUGCCUAAGCCUGGAAAAACAGCCUUUGUCAGCAUUGAUAACUCCAUGAUCAUCACUGAUAUCAAUAUCUCGUACGUCGAGGAGUCAGCUGCGUCUGUUUCCUACUAUACUCCUAGAUGGGAAGAUGUCGUUAGAUUGAGAUCCAAUAUCGAUAUUCUCGGCUAUGGAUAUGAAGACCAAACAUUUAAUAACAACCCUUCUGCAAUUUUGUUGACGAGAAAUAAUGGAGUUUUAAGAAUUGAAAGAUUUCCUACUAGCAUCGAUGGUGGUGAUUCCACGGACCCAUUGCUUAUAGUGAAAUCCCAUAUCGAGCAGGCCAUCUUUUACUUCAAGUCUGAAGAGAUCGAGUUUGAUGUUGUGCAACAGUUUUCCGAUGAAACAGUCUUACAGGCAGUCUCCCAGAUUAUUGAAGAGAUCACAAGCUCUUCUUCUCCUUACUUGCCAUCUUUUUUGCCAUCCAUUACAGACUUUUUGGCUCUCAAAGUUGAAUUGUUCGAAAGAUUCAUUACUUAUACACAAAGAAACUUUCCAUCGGUAUUUCCAAUUGCAGUUUCUACUAUCGUGGAUGCUUUGGAGAAGAACGAUUUUGCUCUUCAAUUAUGGAUCCAGAUUGAAGCAGAGAAAGCAUAUUCCAACACUCUCAAGUCUACAUUGGAACAGGUUAUUAUCGAGACCCAGGUGGUGGCUGCAAACGAAGACACUUUGAGAAAAUUUUUCAGCCAAGGAAUUAACUCUGUCAAUGAAGUGUUCACAAAAUUUGUUGAAAAAUUGUUAGCAGACGAUUUUUCAUUGCCAAUACUUACCUCCCUCAUUGUACAAGCCACGUAUUAUGGAAUCCUCAAAAAUGAGAUCCGUUAUCUUGCAGACAACGAGCUCAUUCCACUCAGAAAGAUUUGGGUCUUUGAGACUCCAUUAUUGAUUAGGAUAGAACAAGUAUUCACUAGUGAGUAUUGUGAGGGUGGGGAUGAAGUGAAAACUCAAAAGAGCAAAGAAGACUUGAUAAAAUUGUGCGAAGUGUUGUACUAUUUUGUCACUAGUGCCAUUCAGUAUAUGCAAUUGUUUGAUGCAAACAAUGACCAAUUGAAGGAAUAUGUACAAUGGUAUAAGGGCAGAAACACUCACUGGAUAAGUGCCUUAUUGAAGCAAGAUUUGAUCCAACAAGGCAUCGAAAUCACCGAGAAGUACCACGAUUUCUCCUCUUUGGCGCAGAUUCUCGAGUUUCAAAAGAAACGCUUGGAAGAUAUCUAUGGCGAAGACAGCUUUGAGGUGGAUAGUUUGCUUCAAAGAUACGUCUAUUACUUUGAAAGAUUCAAGUAUGAAUUUGCAUCGCUGUUAUAUGACUACUACGUCAAGAAUGACCAGAUUCAAGCACUCUUAUUGAGUUUUACUAAUUACAAGUUCUACUUGGAAGAAUAUCUUGAAAAGAACGCCAAAAAGACUUCCAAAUUUUCAUGGAUCCGUUACUUGUUGGACGAAAAUUUCAACAAGGCCAGUAAGGUGCUUGUUGAGUCUGCAUCAAAGUUUGAAGCUGGUGACAACUUGGACAAUAAGGAAGUAAAGUACUCUUUGGCCAAGUUAGCUGUUAUUGCAGCAAGAGGUACUGGUCAUUCUGACCUGGAUGUUAACAUGGAUGGUGAUGGUUCUAGCUAUCUUUUGGAAACUGAGAAUAGCUUGACCAAGAUAAAGAGUCAGAAAAAUUUGUUCUCAUCUUUGAUCAAGAAUUAUGGCGGAGAAGUACAACUUUUGAAAUUCGAUAACAUCCUCAAGGGCUUCAAGAAUUCCCACAUUGGCAACGGAAUUGCGCAAUCAUUAUUGAGUAGGUCUUUCGAUCAACUUGUCAACAACAAGCAAUUGAAGACCAUUGAUUUAAUCAACUGGCUCACUUUGUUGAAACCAUCGAUCAUCGAAGACAGGGGGUUUGGAUUGGCAUUGAAGGUGGCUGCUUUGGUUGAUGACAAGCAGCUCUUUGAAUACUACACCAGAUUGAUCUGGCUCAGAUUGCUCACAAUUGGCGACGACUGGUCGCUCUUGGAUAAGGCAAAUUUGAAGAUCUCCACUGACGAGCAUAUCAAGGAGAAAGUCAGAGGUACUGUGUUGUUCAAGACUUUCAAGGAGAUCAAUUUGGAUAAUAAGUUGAUUAACCAAUUAGAGUUAUUGUUGAAUUCCAAAGGGGUAUUUGAAAACGCCGAAAAUGAUUCUGUGGCACAAGAAGUUAACAAUACUAUGGUUGAAAAGUUGACGGGAUACUUCCAGAAGUACGAUUUCGUACAAUGGGUUAUUUCCAUCAAAGAAGAGGCUAGAGGAGAAAAUGAGUAG